AGCCCCUGCUUUAUAUAAUACGAAGAAACGAUACAGAGUCUCUUAGUUGAGAUAGAAAAGAGAGGGAAAAAAGAAGUAGAAGAUGUCAACAGCUUCUUCGUUGUGUUCAUCAACUCAGGUUAAUGGCUUUGGCGGGGGACUUAGGCUUCUAAGGACUCAUCGUUCUCAACCCAAGACACUUACUUUUACAAGGAGGAGAAUUGCUACAGUAGUGAAGGCAACUGCUCGAGUUGAUAAAUUCUCAAAAAGCGAUAUCAUUGUUUCUCCAUCUAUUCUCUCUGCAAAUUUCUCAAAGUUGGGGGAGCAGGUGAAAGCAGUGGAAGUAGCAGGCUGUGAUUGGAUCCAUGUUGAUGUAAUGGAUGGCCGAUUUGUUCCAAAUAUUACAAUUGGACCUCUUGUUGUUGAUGCCUUACGACCUGUGACUGAUCUUCCGCUGGAUGUGCAUUUGAUGAUUGUGGAACCAGAGCAGCGAGUUCCAGAUUUUAUUAAGGCUGGAGCAGACAUAGUCAGUGUUCACUGUGAGCAAUCUUCAACCAUCCAUUUGCAUCGUACACUUAAUCAAAUAAAAGGUCUAGGCGCUAAAGCUGGAGUUGUCCUAAACCCUGCUACCCCACUUAGUACAAUAGAAUAUGUACUUGAUGUGGUUGAUCUAGUCUUGAUUAUGUCGGUCAACCCUGGCUUUGGUGGGCAGAGCUUUAUUGAGAGUCAAGUGAAGAAAAUCUCUGACUUGAGAAGAAUGUGUGCAGAAAAGGGAGUAAACCCCUGGAUUGAAGUGGAUGGCGGAGUUGGUCCUAAAAAUGCAUAUAAGGUUAUUGAGGCUGGAGCUAAUGCCUUAGUCGCUGGUUCAGCUGUGUUUGGAGCCAAAGAUUAUGCUGAAGCUAUUAGAGGAAUCAAAACCAGCAAAAAGCCAGAAGCAGUGGCUGUGUGAUUUAUGACCGCCAAAGAUCUAAUUGGCUCAAAUGUGUGAUACCUGUAUUUAGAUUCCCAUGUAUGUUACCCUCCAACUUCACAGAAUUUUGCUUGAAUAUAUUUUGGUGUAUAAAUUGAAGCUAUUACCCAAAAAAAAAAAAAAACAAAGAAAAUUUUAUAGGAGCCUGUUCUCUAAAAUUCAUCUCAAUAAUCCAUGGUUGUAUCUGCUUGCUAGAUGGCUGGAACCCUGCUAUAAGCUGCAGAACAAAAAUAAACAUACAUUAAGAAUUAUUAAAGCAUGCCUACCAAUCAUUUUUGGUGUCUUUCUUAUAA